GACAUUACAGAAACCGGCAAUUUCGAGGGACCGUUAUGCUCCAACCUCUCUCUCUCUCUCUAUUUCGAGGGACCGUUAUACUCCAACCUCUCUCUCUCUCUCUCUCUCCGGAAUUGAUCGAGUCAGUGUCCGCAUUAAUAUCGGAGCUUUUUGAGACAGUUGGCGAUGGAGGCUUUUUGUUGUUGGCUACGGUACUGUACCAUUUAAUACACCCAAGCUACUUGUGGUACUACCCUCUCUCUCUCCCACAGUAUACAUACACGCACCUGCUGCUGCUACCAGUGGUGAUUUUUUCUUUUUUGUGAGAGACGAGACAUGGUCGGACCGAAAAGGCCUCAGUUCGUUCUAUUCGGAUCGUCGAUCGUUCAGCUCAGUUUCAGCAAUGGCGGUUGGGGUGCCAUUCUCGCUGACGUUUACUCUCGCAAAGCAGACAUAGUGUUGCGAGGAUACUAUGGCUGGAAUUCACGACGUGCACUGCAGGUUCUCAAUGAAGUCUUUCCAAAGGAUGCAGCUUCUCAGCCUUCUCUGGUGAUCAUCUACUUCGGUGGCAAUGAUUCAAUGGGACCUCACUCAUCUGGCCUGGGCCCACAUGUUCCACUUCCUGAAUACAAAGAAAACAUGAGAAAGAUUGCACUUCAUAUCAAGAGCCUUUCAGACACAACACGCAUUAUUUUUCUCAGCUGUCCACCAGUCAACGAGGCCAAAGUUCGGGAAAACACAAGUAAAUACUUUAGCGAGCUAGUCCGGACAAAUGAGUUAUGCCGAAGUUACUCAGAAGCUUGUGUAGAGUUGUGCGAGGAGAUGGGCCUGAAGGUGGUUGAUCUUUGGACUGCAAUGCAGAGACGAGAUGAUUGGUUGACUGCUUGCUUUACGGACGGGGUGCAUUUAUCUGCUGAGGGGAGCAAAGUAGUUGCGGAGGAGAUACUCAAGGUGCUCAAGGAAGCAGAGUGGGAGCCAUGUUUUCAUUGGAAGUCCAUGCCCACAGAAUACGGGGAAAAUUCACCUUAUGACCUUGUUGCUUCCGACGGGAAAACGACUAUAAAUCCAUCGGAAUGGACCUUCCACAGGGAAAUACAGUGGGAUUAGGCUAUGACGAAAUUUCCUCAACUGCUUUGGCCUCGUUGGUUUACACAACCCAUUCGGAAUUGGCUCGUUUCUGGUGAAUUUUGUGUGAUUUUCUUCAAUUGAUUCAAAGAUUUGUAGGGAUCCCCUCCUGCUCUUUUUUGCAUGUUAGUUACUUGAUAAAGUGUCAAAGGUGCUGUAAUUUGUCAUUUUUAUUACAAUAACUGCAGUUCAAAUUCAAGUGACAUGUUGGAUUAGUUGUAGUAUUGAUAAAAAUGGUUUGCUUAUGUAAUAUCGAGGGUUUAAGUUUUUAGGCUUGAUUAUUGAAUGAAUCUGUGGGGUUGGAAUCA